GAGGGGACAUCGGGCCGCGAAACGCGCUCCCAGAGCCGCUGCGCGCGGCGUGACGCGGGUGCCCCCGUCAGAGUGGGCGAGGGCGGGAAAAGUUAGGGACUGCCUGCAGGUGUGGACGCUGCCGGUUCCUAAUAAGCAAAGAGCGAUGAUUAUCCCGGAGGUCGUUUGAAAAGGAUCUCUCAGGUGAACGAAGCAGGACUGAGAGAAGGACACCUGGUUCAUGGGCUACUGGUCACACUGUGAGGUGGGGAUACUUAUCCCGGCGUCCCAUUAGGAAGGAUUCUGAAGUCAAAAGCUUUGUAGGCUCUCACACUUACUAUGGUGCUGGACUCCAAGGUGACCGGGUUUUGAAGAAACAAGUUUACGGGGAUGAGUUUCUUCCUGAAGGAUCUGUGUUUGUUCAAAACACAAUCAGAAAGGCUGAAACAUAGUAAUGUAUGAGCCUCAGGAGGUGGCAUUCCCUUCUGCUGUGGCAGUGCUGCCCGCUCCCAGCCUGGAUGAAUCACACGCAUAUUCUCAGCUAGCUCUGGCUGGGGUUCGGAGAGGAUCUGGUGCAUCUCCUGCGGCCCGCAUGGCUCGUGUGUUCGUAUACGGGACCCUGAAGAGAGGCCAGCCGAACCACAAGGUCCUGCUGGACGGUGCCAAUGGCCGAGCGGCCUUCCAAGGCCGGGGCCGCACGGUGGAGCCGUACCCCUUGGUGAUCGCCGGCGAACAUAACAUUCCGUGGCUGCUUAACCUCCCAGGGCAGGGGCGCCGCGUGGCGGGGGAGAUCUAUGUCGUGGACGAACAGAUGCUCAGCUUCCUGGAUGAGUUUGAGGGUUGCCCCGACAUGUACCAGCGCACCCCUGUGAGGGUCACGGUCCUCGAGUGGGAGGGCAGGCAGGGCACCCCGGAGGAGAUGCCGGCCACCGACGGGACCCUGCAGUGCUUUGUGUACAGCACAGCCUCCUACGCACCUGAGUGGGUCCGCCUCCCACACCAUGACAGUUACGACUCCCGGGGGGAGCAUGGCCUUCCCUACAACCCGCGGGAAAACAGGUGAGAAGGGCCAAGGUGGACAGAGCCCUGGUGAUCAGUCGGGGACACCAGCCUGGCCUGCACUCGCUGAAGGUGGAAGCAUAAUAAUUCCCUUUGAAACAAGUGUUUGUACACUCAGUGUGUGGGAAAGGGGACGAUCUCUUCUUCAGUCACAGCUGCUUUCCACAGUCUCCUGACACACUGGUCACAAGCCUGCGCCUGAAGUCUGUCUCUCCGGUAGCGCUUUGUUGCUUUUGCUGCUUAAAGGUGGCCAUGGGCUCGAAUACAUCGGAUAAGGAAAUUCAGGAUUUUCAUUCCCCUAAAUGACAUUUCCAGAAUUCAUAUGUCAUAUUUUGCUUUGCUUUGAUCUGAAGAUAACAUUUAAAAUGUAGACUUUGUGUUGCAGCUAGAUUUUAGCAACCCUGCUGUAUUGAUUCUAACUUGUAGCAGCAAGAAAAGUAAUUUUUUAAACCGAUUUUGAUUAUCUUGGUAUAAUAAAAGAAACUCAAGAAAAACACACUGUGUUUUGGGGUAGUUCUAGACUCUAUAAAACAUCAUUGAGUUUUCAGAUCAAGCUUAUUAAAGAAGGAUUUACUAAAGAUGUUCAUGUAAAAUUAAACCGGGUAUUUUAGGAAACCAAAUUUAAAAGUGCUGGUACUGUUAUUGGCCUUUUUUUUUUUUUUUUCUUUGCAUCUCCUUAUUUGGCAGAAGGUUCUUUUCACUGGAACCCAGCAAAGUCCUGAGCACCUACUUGAUGGCAGGUGCUGAGCACCGUGACUGCAGACGGAGCUCAAGUGACCCGGGGGCCUGGGGCCCCGAGGAGCAGCAUUGCGGGGCGGGCCUUUCAAGGAAGAACCGACACAUUAGUAAUUUGUUCUUCAGGCCUGACGGAAGCUUAGCUUCCAAAUACAAACAGCACUUAAAAUAAUUCUCGUGAGGCACGAAGUACCAAUUACUACCCACCUCCAUCUGAUAAUCUGUCAGCGGCGCUUCGAAUCCGCGCACGACUCUGCCUCUGCCUCCUUACCAGCGAAGUAGGAAAUGGAUUCCAAGAAUUGCAGAAGCAACCGCAUUCGCAGCUGCUGAUCCUCAGUGACCUCGUCCUCCGCUGGGAGAGCUCACUCACUCUUCAACUUAAUGGUACACUGUGAUCGCUAACUGCAUCUGGCACAAAAACAUCAUCAUUAUUUUUAGCCCCUUUUUCUUGACGGGAAACUUGCUUCACAAAAACACAAAAAGGCAAGGAUGGGUAUCAGCUGAUGGGCUUGUGGCAGCCACACCCACCACUCCCAGGGGAGGGAGCCCCAGCAAAGCCCUGGGGAUGUGGGCCGGGCAAGAGGGACCCGGUGAGCGGCUGUCACUAAGGUGCCCCCCCGCCCCAACCCUGCUGGCUCAUUCGCCUGCCCAAUGAGAGCCAAGAGCAGCGCAGGAGGGAGCUCCAGACCUCUACCCCCUGUGGGUACUGCGCGGGCUCCCAGAAUCAUGAACUGCCACAAAUGGGAGUUAGGUCCUCAACCAGGAAGAAGUAGGUAAUCAGAGUAUAUACAGUGGCAAAUGAUAAUUUCAUGAAACCGAGGUAAAGAACUGGGGUUUAUAUAAAAUGUUUUAAAGGAUCACAAUGAAACGCUAGUAUUUAAAGUCUACUGGCACAGCCAGUAGCCUCUUAUGUACAUUGUCUUCAUUCAAAAAAAGGGCAAGCUAAUAUUUAGACAAAUGCUCAGUUUUAUUGAUUUAAUUUUGACACUAGGAAAUCUCACAG